AAAAGAGCACAGGAAAUAUGGGUUACCUGAAGAUGGAAAGUUACACAUUCAUGCCUUUUAGUUGCAGACUCCCCAGGCAGAUUAUUGCACUGACAUCCUAACAGUGGAGAGGGGUGGCAGAAACCGGAGCUGCUGCAGUUGAGUAGGUUGUGUCUAACCAUGGUGGAAUUUAUAUUCUGACAUUGAGUUGCUGCUGGACAGCACAGAUCUCAGAGCUUCGGCAGUUGGAAGUUGUUGCAGGUUAGAGUUUGGCCAGGUGAGUUUUGGAGAUGAAGUCAAGAUUAUGGAGGUGUUGGAAAAGUUGAGUUUGGAGUGAAGGUAGGUUUGGAGAUGGUUUGACUAAUAGAUGAGCUUGAUUGGGAAAAUGUGGUUCUGUCUUCCUCUUUGAAUAAUAUAACACAGCGUUGUGAACAUUCUUUGUGGGUUGGGGAGAGUAUAGCGACAUUGACUAGGAAGUGAGAGUUGUUGAUGACAAUACAUUUGGUCUCCCUAGUGUUUAUUUGGUGGAAAUUAUUGUCCAUCCAUCAUUCAAAGCUGGAGAAGCAGUGUGACAGAUCAAAACUCUCACUAUCUUUUCUUUCAGUUAGUCCUGAUGAAGGGUCUCGGCCCGAAACAUGGACUGUGCUUCUUCCUAUAGAUGCUGCCUGGCCUGUUGCGUUCCACCAGCAUUUUGUGGAAUACAUUCCAAGUCACAGCUCGCAAGUUAUCCAGAAAACUGCUGUGAUUUUUUUUUGCUAGUUAAUGCACCAGUUAAAAUCAGGUGAAGAUGAAAGCAUUAAUUUUGGUUGGAGGCUAUGGUACACGGUUACGACCUUUGACGCUUAGUGUUCCAAAGCCACUGGUGGACUUUUGCAACAAGCCAAUUCUCCUGCAUCAAGUGGAGGCUUUAGUAAAGGCUGGAGUAUCACAUGUGAUUCUUGCCGUCAGCUAUAUGUCCGAGAUGCUGGAGAAGGAAAUGAAAGAACAGGAACAGAGGCUGAAUAUUCGUAUCUCACUGUCUCACGAAAAGGAGCCCUUGGGAACAGCUGGACCUCUGGCUCUGGCCCGUGAGUUGUUCGCUGACAGUUCGGAGCCUUUCUUUGUCCUAAAUAGUGAUGUCAUCUGCGACUUUCCCUUCCAGGAGAUGGUCCGCUUUCACAAGCAUCAUGGGAAGGAAGGUACCAUAGUGGUUACUAAAGUGGAGGAACCUUCCAAAUAUGGGGUGGUCAUAUAUGAAGCAGAGAUUGGGCGGAUACACCGAUUUGUGGAGAAACCUCAGGUGUUUGUGUCAAAUAAAAUCAAUGCGGGAAUGUACAUCUUCAGUCCCUCAGUUUUGAACAGGAUACAGCCUUUUUCUGAAGUUGGUCCAGAUCACUCUGUAAGCUUUGACCGUCUUCCUUGCUGUCCACUAUGUACCCAAUCUUGGUGUCAUCUGGCAAACUUGCUCAGGCCAACAUCAAUAGAGAAGGAGAUUUUUCCUGUCAUGGCACAGGACGGGCAGCUGUAUGCCAUGGAGUUGCAAGGAUUCUGGAUGGACAUCGGGCAGCCCAAAGACUUCCUGACUGGGAUGUGCAUGUACUUGCAGUCCCUCCGACAUAAAGCACCGGACAGAUUGCACCAAGGGCCUGGUAUUGUUGGAAAUGUGCUAGUGGACCCAAGUGCACAAAUUGGAGAAAAAUGCUCCAUUGGUCCCAAUGUGACCAUCGGCCCUGGAGUGGUAAUUGAGGAUGGAGUGCGGAUAAAGCGUUGUACAGUGCUGAAGGGCUCACGGAUUCGCUCCCAUUCCUGGCUGGAGUCCUGUAUCAUUGGCUGGAACUCUGAUGUGGGUCAGUGGGUGCGGAUGGAGAACGUUGCAGUCCUGGGAGAGGACGUGAUUGUAAAAGAUGAACUGUACUUGAAUGGAGCUAACGUCCUACCUCACAAGUCUAUCGCUGACUCUGUGCCAGAGCCCAAGAUCAUCAUGUAGGUUGUGGCUGUUACCCACACCCAAGCUAAAAGGCAGAGCACUCUAACUUGCCAAUGGAUGGAUCAGAGUAACGAAUAAGGGUUGGGUACUUGGACAACUCCCCUUGCAUUCAGGCUGGAUUCAGACUGACAAAUCACUGAAGAUGCUUUUAUUUAUGCUGCUUCAUCCUACCAACUGUGUCAGAGGAGUUCAGCUUAAAAUAUGAUUUGCCUUGAAGUACUUGCAGCUUGUAAUUAUUUCAGAUGGCUCUGUGAAGGGAGUAGCUCUUAUGCAAGAUUAGAUCCAGUAAAUCAUUUCCUAGGGAGGGUAGCUUUUGAAAUAUUACAUGGGAAAGAUGGAUCCUCAAAGGCAAAGCAAACUAUGUUAACUCUGCAACAUCUUACUAACAAUAUCAAAAUAAACCAAGGUCUUUGGUCACUACGUGGGUAACUUAUCGAUGGGGUUCCACUCUUGUCCACUUGAAGAAAUAGUGAGUCCUAUAAAACAGCCUUGAAGUCUACAGCCUUCACAUGUUACAGAAUUAAAAUCGAGUCACACCCAGUUUUCAAGCUGUUCUGGCUGCAGGUGACAGCCAGCACCUUAACUGUAGAUCCACAUGAUGUGGGCUCAGACAUUAUUGCACUGUGCUGACUAAUAUGAGAUUAAUGCAGUUUACUUGGUACCCUGCAGUUUCCCUACAUGCAUGUGCCUGUACAGGCUAGAAUGUUUAGAUAUGUAAGCAUUUACCCCAUGUGGUAAAACAAAGACCAAUACUAAUUGUGGGAGUUCAAAUUUAAUUCCUGAUGGGUUUCUUAAUGUGAAUUAUUUUUAUUAAUUUGUACACAGUUUCAAUACAAUGUCAUUUAUUUGGAAAUGGAAGAUUUCUUGCUAUCAGAAGGCAACAUUUAAUUUCUUUAGUUGGAGUAGUUGUGAAAUUGGCCAUUGAAGUGCCUGUAAAUGAUUGGGGCCUCUUGUUCUAUUUUAACAUGAUAAAUCCUGAAUUUUUGUGCAAAUAUACUUUAAAAGAAUCA